AUGGCAAUCAAUCAAGUCAAUACGAAACACGCCGGCUUGCUUGCCACAAAAUCCGAGAAGACCCCACCUGGAUCGGUUUCUAGGCACAGAAACAAAGCUGGCAUCAAAAUUACGAAAAUUCAAACAAGCUCCGACACACUACAUGUGGAUAUCUCUUCAUCGACAAUCAAGCGGAAACAAAGUGAAGUUUCCCAUCUCGGCAAAACUCCUGGUGAAGCCAGCCAGAUGAUGGUUCUGACUCCGUCAUCACCGGAGGAUAUUAGCUUGCUUUCUGUUUUCUUCAGAUCAAGUAAAACAAAGCGCCUCCGGCAGACGAGCUCUGCGUUAUGGAAAUUGCCAAUUGUUAGUGAGAUCAAUACGGAGUUCUCUGACCCCGAAACGAUACUUCUUGGGCCCGAAACAGGGCGAUUGUAUGCGGCCAAGCAGGAGUCUGGGUCGGAAGGGGCUUCAAGGUCACAAAGCACUGUCACAGAUGGUAAUGAACAGCUGCAAACUCCGAUAGACCGGGCUAGUGACAACUUGUCGCAUGAACACAACAUAACUUCUCCGCUGCACACAAGAACGAAGCGAGAAGACAACCAAGAUUCUUUUACAUCGUUUGAACUUGACUCCAUACUUUCGCGUGGAACCUUAAAGGGAGUGGGUGCGGCUCAAAAGUCGCUUCUCAAAAUUAUACCGCUUGAAUUGCUCCAGCACUUGGGGGAAGAUAGCAGGAGAUGUCCGGCUCGGACAACCCUGGGCCAGAGAUGCAAAAAUCCUCGUCCUACCAGAUCUUUUUCAGCGCAGCUCCAAAGCCUAGCCACCUUCAAACCCAGCGUACUUCUACCGGUGAUUCAACAGCUUACAGAAGUGGUAUUCUGCACAUCACAUCGGAAGGUCGCAUUCCGAGAAAUCCAAACCUGGAGAGAGGAAUUUCAAGAGCUCGCAAAGAUCCAAGACUAUGAGUCUAUCUUCCCAGUAGAAAAUGAGCGUUUAUUGGCUCUUAUUUGCUGGAUUCGUCUCCUAGACCGGGCGGCGCUGUCUCAACCAUCACCUUCCUCUUUCCUGCAACCUGCGGUUGGCAAAAUUGCCCAAACAGAGCCGCCUCCGGUCAACCCGAUCCAAGAUUUUAAACCUUACGUCAGUAGAGGUUUAUCUGGGACAAUAUCCGAAGAGCUUGCAAAGCUUCUGACCACGCCUCUCAAAAAAAGCGAUAUCAAAUAUCAUGGCUCGAUGUACAUUUUCUCGCAACGUGGGAACUUUGGCCACUUGAAAAUUGGACGAUCUGGAAAUGUAUUCCGCCGUCUGAAACAAUGGAAUAAACAGUGCAAAAAGACCAUGGAGAUUUACUUCCCCGAAUCGGUGAAGAACAAGGACGACAGUAUGCCUGAUGAACAACAGGUUCCACACAUAUCGCGCGUUGAAGCUCUGGUGCAUCUGGAACUGAAUCACCACAGAAGAAUCGAGCACAAGUGCCCUGGUUGUUUUAAAUUACACCUGGAAUGGUUCGAGGUCUCCAAGGAUAUUGCAAUAGGAGUUGUCCGCAAGUGGUCAGCUUGGAUGGCGACACUGCCGUAUGAGAAACAUAUGAGAGAUGGUGAGGAGCAAUGGAUUCUGAAAAGUGAGGAAGAUCUAGAUAUGCUGUGUCGCCCAGGGAUAACAUUUUCAACGCCUUCUUUGCCUGUUGUCAAAGAGGAGGAACCCCCUUUUCUCCUCGCCUUCAACGCUCGCUUCCAAGUGCCAGGUGAGAGGAAAGGGUGUCGGGGCUUAGAAUGGGAACAUGGUAUAGACAGCCCUUAG